AUGGAUGGACUGUCAGCUGCUGCCAAUGCGUUUGCAGUCAUCCAACUGGCUGCCAGUGUUGCAGGACUGUGCGCCAAGUAUGCAGCCGGUGUCAGGGACGCAAGGCGCGACAUCUCCCGGCUGCAGGUCGAGACGGAGGCUCUGCAGAGAAUCCUCAAAGGGCUGGAUGAGACGACAAUAGGAAGAGCCUCAAGUCCUUCAUCAUCAACUUCGGACGAUCUUGCCUUUGCAGUGCAGCAAUGUCAAUUCACCCUGUCGGAUUUGGUGGCUCGUCUGGAUCCUCCGGAAGACAGCACGGGAAAGAGGUUGAUGAGCCGGUUUGGGCUACGGGCGCUGAAGUGGCCAUUGAAAAACCAUGAAGUCGACAAGAUCAUAGACGCAUUGUCUCGACAUAAAACGACGAUUGUAUUGGCACUUACGCGCGAGCAACGGGAAAGCACAACUGCGAUCGAGAAGGCCUAUCUCACGGACCGACUGCCCGUCGCUGAAGAUGCUGCGUUCAACUCCCAUCUCUGGGAACAAAAGCCUCGCUGCCUCGAAGGAACUCGGGCUUCUCUGGUGACGCAAAUCAAAAUAUGGAGCCAGGGUCCCUGGUCGGAACCCAUAUUCUGGCUCAGAGGAAUGGCCGGCACGGGCAAGUCAACCGUUGCUCUGACCAUCGCCCAUCACCUCCACGAAAAUGGACUCCUGGGAGGAAGCUUCUUCUUUUCGAGGGGCCGAGGUGACCUUGGGAGUGCAAGGAAGCUGUUCACAACUAUCGCUUCUCAGUUAGCGGCAGCAGCUCCUGGAUUCAAAGCUACUCUAUCUGCGAUUCUAUCAGAGUCACCGAACAUCAUACGAGAUGGCCUUCAAGAUCAGUGGAAUAAAUUGAUUAUACAGCCUCUCAAUGCCCUGCCAACGACCGAGAAGCCAAAAACUUGCGUUAUGAUCAUUGACGCUUUGGAUGAAUGCGACGAUGAGGAUGCAAUCAGACUGCUCCUUAGACUCCUGCCACAAAUCAAACUCGUCACUGCGGUGAGACUUAGAAUACUCAUCACCAGCAGACCAGAGAGUCUGAUUAAUCUUGGCUUCCGGCGAUUACCUCAAGACGACCACCGAGACUUUGCUCUCCAUGAGAUUGAACCAGAUAUCACCGAAAAGGACAUAUCUCAUUUCCUAUCGACUGAAUUCGAAACCAUUCGCCUUAAUUACGAAAUAGAACAAGAGUGGCCUGACAUUGAGAGUGUCCAAUUACUGGUGAAGAAGUCGAGCUGUUUAUUCAUCUACGCUGCCACUGUAUCCCGGUUCGUCCAGACGUCGAAGUAUUCUCACCCCGAAGAGCGCCUAACUCUUCUUCUCGAGGGUAGUAUAUUCCCCAACUCGCCCGAGGGACAGUUAGACGCCAUGUACAUGCAAAUCCUGAAGCAGUCUGUCCUGGGUGACAGCGACGGUCUCGAGAAAGAAGAGCUGGCAAAGCAUUUUCGCGAAAUUGUCGGUUCAAUCGUUGUUCUUUUCGAUGCGUUGGAUGUAUGCACUCUUUGCGAGCUGAUCGGCCACCCAGAAAAAAGACUACGAGCUGUCCUGAGCAAUCUUCACUCGGUUCUAGAUGUUCCAGUGACUGGAAAUCGCCCAAUUCAACUGCUGCAUCCUUCAUUCCGCGACUUCCUGACAAACCAGAAAAGAUGCACGGAUGAACUGCUCUGGACCGACGAAAAAUCCACACACAAGGACCUUUUUAUGAAGUGUAUGGACGUUUUGAGCCAGCACCUGAAAAGUGAUAUAUGUGAUCUCAAAUACCCAGGAACUCUCGCAAAAGACGUCAAGAAGUCUAAGAUCGAUUCAGUGUUCCCUUCCUUUGUUCAGUACGCCUGCCGGUACUGGAUCGACCAUUUGAUAAAAACAGAAAUCACGAAUGACUGUACAAACGUGGUUCACGAUUUCAUGGAGACACAUUUCCUUCACUGGCUUGAAGGUCUCAGUUUGAUGGGCCUGACUGCCGAGGGAGUUCUGAUGUUGAGUGCUUUGGAGAAAGCGAUCACAGCAUUGGAGAGUCGGACACUGGAAAUGAUUCAGGAUGCAAAAAGAUUCGCUUUAUCAAACAAACCAGUCAUUGAAGAGGCGCCGCUCCAGAUAUACUCUUCUGCGCUCCUUUUCACACCAGAAAACAGCCUCAUCCGAAGAUGCUACGAAUCCUAUAUUCCUGCAUGGAUAUCUCAAAAGCCUAAAGUCUCACAGAAUUGGAGCUCACUGUUACAAACCAUUGAUUGUGGGUCUCGCUUGAUGAAACAUGUUUCCAUCUCUCCAGACGGCAAGCUUAUUGCAUCAAGUGCAUUGAGGGGGGAGGUGAAGCUAUGGUACACAGCGACAGGAGCACCGUACUGCGUGCUUGGAAAUUCUGAUCUGUAUAUUGCAGAUUUGACAUUUACACCCGAUAGCUCAGCUCUAUUGAUUACUUCCGACUCGUCUAUUGUGCGUUGCAAUAUUCCAACAGGGGAGACAUCGGUGAUGAGUAUUCCUCAAGGCUCGGGUACCACGAGAGGCCGGACUGCACUUUCAUCUGACUGCAGUUUGCUUGCACUAAAGAACGGGUAUUCUCAAAUCGAGAUCUGGGAUAUGAAAGCUGAAUCAAUGACGUCGACAUUUAUGGAUCCCGACUCUUCUCUCAUUACCGGAGCUGCCUUUUCACCCGAUGGGAAGCAGCUGGCAACUGCUAACCAUAAAGGUCAUAUUUAUAUUAGGCAGUUGGCAGCCGGGCUGAUGGUUCAGAACCUCUGGACUAAUGAGGGUAACAAUUCAAUUGCCUUUUCGACGGACGGGCAGUUCAUCAUCUCAUGGUCAUCCCAGCAAUUAGGCUUUAAACUGUGGAACUGUUCCACGUGGGAGAUGUAUAACAUGGAGACAGGAAAUGUAAACAUCUUAAAUGUUGCAUUUUCACCAAAAGAAGGGUUAAUCGCCUGUGUCUGCACCGGAGACAUUGUGAAAAUCUUUAAUGCCACGACGAGACAAGAAGUUGGUUGCCUCACGGGACACCUUGGCUAUGUGACCGAUAUUGCAUUCACGCCAGAUGGGAAAUCUAUUGCAUCUGUUUCUCAUGAUGGAACAUUGAAGAUAUGGGACUCCAUACCCGAGGGGGCAAUUCCGGUCAAUGAUAGUCUUAUGACUGCCGACCAAUGUGAAAUAUCAUUCGAUGGCCGGUUUGCAGUUUCAUCUUCAGUCAAUGGCACUGUUAGGAUUCGGAAUCGUGCGACAGGAUCUGUUAUCCAUCAACAUGAGUAUAGAGAAUACAUUAGACAGCUUGUAUUCUCACCCGACAAUACGUUGAUAGCCGUGAACCCUGAUUAUUCUGAAACCACGGUGGUCGACAUCGCAUCCGGAAGAGCAAGAUUUUCAAUCGGCAUAGCUGAUGACAUUCAGCGUCGAGACGUCGCAUUCUCACCCGAUAGCAAGCUGGUCGCAUAUGCCCAGGGUCAUUCUAUCAUUGUUAAGAAGACUCUGACCGGAGAAGAGUAUUGCACGCUACACGAAGACCGUGGUGGGGUCAUGGCCAUCGCAUUCUCUCCAGAUGGGAACGGGAUUGCCUCUGGGUCGACAGAGCAUACAAUGCGUGUUUGGAGUAUCGCAGCAAAGGAGAAAUCUUACACGCUUGAGGUAACAGUCGACGCAAGACUCGAUGACGGUUAUCCUUUCGCGGAUAUUAAGUUCUCUUCCGACGGCAAACUGGUCGCGUGUGUAUUUCCCUAUUCAUCAUCAGUAACUCUCUGGGAACCUAUCACCGGAGAGGUUCGUAGCUACAAGCCCCAGCCUAAUACGAGUGUAGGCUAUAUUGCCAUCUCACCUGACAAGAAACUCAUCGCAGCCUUGAAAAAGGGUGGUCUCGUUGAUAUCUGGGAUAUUGCAACUGGAGACAGAGUCAGAACUUGCGGAAUUGAACAUCAAUUCCCGUAUCACAUUUAUUUCGAUUCGAUAUAUUUUACUCCGGACGCCAUUUGUCUGAAAAACAUCAAAGGACUGUGGAGUCACCCACUCUCGGAUGAGUCGGGUACGAAAUCAGAUUCGGCCAAUAUGCAUUUUACAGGGACGUGGAUCGUCUGGCGAGGACAGAAUAUUCUUCGACUGCCCCCUGGCUAUCGAGAUGCAGUGGUGGCGGUGCGAGGAGACGUGAUUGUGCUUGAAAAUGGAAAUACGGCAGUAAUAGAGUUCGAUAGAAAGGAAUUGACAUUCUAG